AAAGAUGGUCCAUAAAUCCAUAGUGGUGGGUCUGGUGGUGCUGCUGGUGGCAGCGGUGAGCACUUUUGUGGGAGUGUUCUUUGGUUUGGGGAGCAGGGCGUCCUCGAAUGACCAUUCCUACUCAAGGGCUGCCGUGGCAGCCGAUGCUGGCCCAUGCUCAGAAAUCGGCAGGUUAGAAUUCUCUCUCACACACAAACACAAACAUACUGUGCAUGUACAUACAGUACUAGUCUCAAACGUUUGCACACCAAUGAAAUUACUCAUUGAAAUGUUGUUGGAGACAUUCAUAUACAAUACAAAGAUCCCUGUCUGAACAUAAAAAUAUGCUCCUGCUUCUGAGUUUAUGUAUGUUCAUCCACCAUUUCAAAUUAAUUCUGUCUGUGUACACUGCCUGCUGUUUCUUCACAAACUAGCGCUUGUUUAUGCAAAUCAGGGCCACUGAAUACAAACUUUUGUCUGCGCGUCACACCUGCUCCAGCUCCCCCUCCCUGGUGCUCGAGGGCGCCAGACUGCCCAUCGUUACGCACACCUGUCACCAUCGUUACGCGCAUCUGCGCUUCAUUGGACUCACCUGGACUUCAUCACUGUUUGAUUACCUCCCCUAUAUCUGUCUGUUCCUCAGUUGUGAUCCCCGUGUCAGCAUUAAUGUCGUUAUGUUUCCCCUGUCCAGACGCUGUCCGUGUUUUGUUUCAUGUCUGUUUAUAUUAAAUGUUCACUCCCUGUACUUGCUUCUCAUCUCCCAGCGUAUGUCCUUACAGAGCGUGUGUUUGUGUGUCCACUAUAAAUCUCAGAGACAUGUUGCAGAAAGGGGGCUCUGCAGUGGAUGCAUCUAUUGCUGCCUUGUUGUGUGUGGGGCUGGUGAAUGCCCACAGCAUGGGCAUUGGAGGAGGUCUCUUCUUCACCAUCUAUAAUGCCACAACUGGUAGAGUCUGAGCCCUAAACCUUGACUUAAACCUAUACCGUGUAUCUUUAAUGAUGUCAACAAAUCCAACAUUGACUGGCAUAACUGAACUAAAAACAGGAAAUGUAAUAGCUCACUCCAUUGUAACUUGGUGUGAUGUAAUGAUGAUUCUGUCUUCCUUCACAGGAAAGGUAGAGACCAUUGAUUCCAGAGAGACGGCUCCCGCCAACGCAACAGAGGACAUGUUUGGGAAUAGCACAGAGUUAGCCAAGAAUGGUAAUGUUUUACCAGUUACCUAACAAAAGGUUGAAAGAUGUAUGUUUACAAUGAAAGAUGGCCUUGCAAUAGUCAAAAGAUACUGCGAUAAGAGUUUCAAGUUUUAUUGCCACAUGCACUAGUACGGUGAAAUGGCCCACUGGGGAGCCAGGACCAGCCAAUCAGAAUGAGUUUUUCCCUACAAAAGGGCUUUAUAGCAGACAGAAAUACUCCUCAGCACCCCUCCCCCCUCAGACGAUCCCACAGCUGAAGAAGCCGGAUGUGGAGGUCCUGGGCUGGCGUGGUUACACGUGGUCUGCAGUUGUGAGGCCGGAUAGAUGUAAUGACAAAUUAUUUUAAAAUGACGUUGGAGGCAGCUUAUGGUAGAGAUAUGAACAUUACAUUCUCUGGCAACAGCUCUGGUGGGCAGUCCGCAUGCAAAUUGCAUGCUCCCUCAAAACUUGAGACAUUGUGUUGUGUGACAAAACUGCACAUUUUAAAGGGACCUUUUAUUGUCCCCAGCACAAGGUGCAACGGUAUAAUGAUCAUGCUGUUUAAACAGCAGCUUGAUAUGCCACACCUGUCAGGUGGAUGGAUUAUCUUGGCAAAUGAGAAAUGCUCACUCACGGAUAUAAACAAGUUUGUGUACAACAUUUGAGAGAAUUAAGCUUUUUGUGCCUAAGAAACAUUUCUAGGAUGUUUUAUUUCAGCUCAUGAAACAUGGGACCAACACUUUACAUGUUGCGUUUGUAUUUCUGUUCAGUGUAGAACAAAAACACAUGAGAAAUAGAAAUAAGAAGAACAUGAGAAAGUAAGAAGCUUUAUAUAGGUUCAGUUCCAAUACCAUAUUUACAAUGUGCAGGGAUACUGGAGUGGCAGGGGUAGAUACUGUAUGUAUAGGGGUAAGGUGACUAGACAUCAGGAUAUGAUAAACGGAGUAGUAGCAGCUUAUAUGAUGAUUGUAUGUGAGUGUGUGUGCGUGCGUGAGUGUAGUGUUAGUAUGAAUGUGUGUGUUAUGUGUGUGUGAGCCAAUGAAGUGUGUGUGUGUUGGAGUGUUAGUGUGAGUGUGAGUGUGUAGAGUCCUGUGAGAGUGCAUAGAGUCCAUACCAGGCAGUACUGCAGUCAAGAUGCUCUCAAUGGUAACGCUGUAGAACGUUUUGUAGAACUUUCUGAGGAUUUGAGGUUCUAUGCCAAAUCUUUUCAACCUCCUGAGGGGAAGGAGGCGCUGUCGUGCAUUCUUCAUGACUGUGUGCGUGUGUGUGGACCAUUUUAAGUUCUUAGUGUUUUGGACACCAAGGAACUUGAAGGUCUCGACCCUGCUCCACUGCAGCCCCGUCGAUGUGGAUGGGGGCAUGCUCGCCCCCCCCUUUCCUGUAGUCCACGAUAAACUCCUUGGUCUUGCUGAUGUUGAGGUUGUUGUCUUGGGCACCACGCUGCCAGGUCACUGACCUCCUCCCUGUAGGCUGUCUCAUCGUCGCCAGUGAUCAGGCCUACCACUGUCGUGUUGUCAGCAAACUUGAUGAUUGUGUUGGAGUCGUGGGUGGCCACGCAGUCGUGGGUGAACAGGGAGUAUAGGAGGGGUCUAAGCACACACCCCUGUGGGGCCCCCCUGUUGAGGGUCAGUGUGGCAAGGUGUUGCCUACCCUCACCACCUGGGGUUGGCCCGUCAGAAAGUCCAGGAUCCAGUUGCAGUGGGAGGUGUUCAGUCCCAGGGUUCCGGGGUCCCGAGCUUGGUGACGAGCUUGGAGGGGACUAUUGUGUUGAACGCUGAGCUGUAGUCAAUGAACAGCAUUCUCACAUAGGUAUUCCUUUUGUCUACUGUAGGUGGGUGAGGGCAGUGUGGAGUGCAAUUGAGAUUGCAUCGUCUAUGGAUCUGUUGGGGUGGUAUGGAAAUUGGAGUGGGUCUAGAGUGUUUGGGAUGGUGGAGUUGAUGUGUGCCAUAACCAGCCUCUCAAAGCACUUCAUGAUUACAGAUGUGAGUGCUACAGGGCGGUAGUCAUUGUGGCAGGUAGCCUUAGAGUUCUUGGGAACAGGAAUGAAGAGUAGUACAUUAGGAGUAGUACAUUAGAGAAGAUCAAAAGCUGCACUCAAACCUAUCAUCUUCCAAUAUACCCUUUCACAAUCUGUUACAUUACAUUACGUGUAACGUUUGGCAGGAGGGUUGUCCAUCGCCAUACCAGGGGAGAUCCGUGGGUAUGAGAUGGCAUACAAACGCCAUGGAAAAUUGCCAUGGAGAGAGCUAUUCCAGCCUGCAAUCCAGUUGGCACGGAAAGGCUUUCCUUUGGGCAGGGCAUUGGCCACCGCUAUCUCCAAGAACAGGCAAACCAUCACCCGUGACAUGGCUUUAUGGUGAGAAUGACCACAAUGGCGAUCUGAGUUACUGUACAGAGGGUCAAGUUUUCAAAUAAGAAGAUACUGUACCUCCCCUGUUGAUGAUUUAUGCCUUUAUGAUUUAUGCCCUUAUACCCAAACAUUACAUCUCUGUUUUUGGUCUUUCUUUCAGUGAGGUGUUUUGUGACAAAAACGGUGCCAUCCUGAAGGAAAACGACACCAUCACCUUUACUAAACUCGCUGACACCUAUGAAAUAAUAGCAAAUGAGGGGCCUAAUGCUUUUUACGAAGGCCCGCUGGCAGAGAACCUUGUAAGGGACAUUCAGGCUGCAGGUUGGUUUCUCCCUUAUAUCUACCAAAUAUCAACAAACUGCAAUUUUGAUAGAAUUUCAUUCAGGGUCUGCUGACUGUACGUGUUACAGAAACAGUAUCUUAUUGUCUGUUUACCGGUAUGUGUUUCAGAUGGUAUCAUCACACUGGAUGACCUAAAGAAAUACAAGCCUUUUUUGGAUGAGAAUCCUCUCAAUGCUAGUGUGGGGGAGUACACCAUGUUUGUACCCAACGCCCCUGCCAGUGGCCCUGUCCUGUCCCUCAUACUCAACAUCCUGGAUGGUAAGCCUUCAGCCUGAUGACACAGAGUUGUAUUCAAGAUCAAACUGUGGGUCACAUUUGGACAGCCUGUGCUACAUUAUAAGUGUAUAAGGACCAAAGAUAAUUGUUUUCCGUGGCGCUCUGCUCUGCAGGCCUGAUGCUCCGUAAGCACUGUUCACGUAGGAAAAUGAUGCUGUUCAUUUACAUUGUAGCAGCCCUGGUCUAUCUCAUCCUGUAUGCACCAUACACAUAUAGAUCUCUUGACCAUGCAAAUUAAGAUAGAUAACCACCUUAUGUUUGUGGUGGUGCUGCUGACUGAUCAGUAAUUGGGGUGUAGAAAUAAAUCUCCUCUUCUCAUUAGUGAUCCAAUUGACAUUUUAGUCAUUUAGCAGAUGCUCUUAUUCAGAGCGGCUUACAAUUAGUGAGCGCAUACAUUUUUCAUACUGGCCCCCCGUGGGAAAUGAACCCACAACCCUUGCGUUGCAAGCGCCAUGCUCUACCAACUGAGCUACAGGAGGGCCAAUCAUCCCCCAGCUCUGUUUCAGCUCCACAUUCAUGCAGGGUCUAUUGGAUAUAUAGUCCAUAGAUGUCCUCUCUCUGCUGGUGCCCAGUACAGUGGCUAUAUAAGAAAACCUUAUUCCAGAGUAAUUAAACUGCCUGAACCUACUCUUCCUGUGGCCCCCUGCCUCUACCGCAAACUCUAAUCUGACCAAUUUACCUCUAAUUGGACACAGAUGAGUGGCGGGGGAAUCACUUAACACUGGCAUGCCAGGGCCCGCUCAAGCCCUUCAUCCUGACGGUUCAGCAUGACUUCUGCUACUGGCAUGCCAGGGCCCGCUCAAGCCCUUCAUCCUGACGGUUCACCAUGACUUCUGCUACUGGCAUGCCAGGGCCCGCUCACGCCCUUCAUCCUGACGGUUCACCAUGACUUCUGCUACUGGCAUGCCAGGGCCCGCUCAAGCGCUUCAUCAUGACUUCUGCUACUGGCAUGCCAGGGCCCGCUCAAGCCCUUCAUCCUGACGGUUCACCAUGACUUCUGCUACUGGCAGGCCAGGGCCCGCUCAAGCCCUUCAUCCUGACGGUUCAGCAUGACUUCUGCUACUGGCAUGCCAGGGCCCGCUCAAGCCCUUCAUCCUGACGGUUCAGCAUGACUUCUGCUACUGGCAUGCCAGGGCCCGCUCAAGCCCUUCAUCCUGACGGUUCACCAUGACUUCUGCUACUGGCAUGCCAGGGCCCGCUCAAGCCCUUCAUCCUGACGGUUCACCAUGACUUCUGCUACUGGCAUGCCAGGGCCCGCUCAUGCCCUUCAUCCUGACGGUUCACCAUGACUUCUGCUACUGCCUGUCAGCUGAAAUUCAUCACAUUUUUCCAUUUGGUUUUAGUUUCCUUUCCUUUCUCCCGUCUUCUCCUCCUCUAUGGCUGUGAACUAAAACAGUUAUAACACUGAUAGACUGGGACAGGGAUACAGAAUGAACAGAAAUGUUAUAUUGAGCUUUUAUCUGGGUAAAACCUUUUCAAUGUCCACUUCACCGAAUCAAAGUGUAUAUUGACGUGAUCAAAUUAAAUGUACUGUAUUAUUGUUUAAUAAAUGUAGGGAUGCAGGCUAUUCAUUUAUUUAUGUUUUAUUUAACCUUUAUUUAACUAGGCAAGUCAGUUAAGAACAAAUUCUUAUUUACAAUGACGGCCUACCAAAAGGCAAAAUGCCUCCUGCGGGGACGGGGGCUGGGAUUAAAAAUAACAAUACAGGAGAAAACACACAUCACGAAAAGAGAGACACCACAACACUACAUAAAGAGAGACCUAAGACAACAACAUAGCAUGGGAGCAACUCAUGACAACAACAUGGUAGCAACACAACAUGGCAGCAGCAAUGGUUAUGGUUGAACUGAUUACCAUGUUUUCUCCCAUGCAGGAUACAACUUCACCUCAGACAGUGUCUCCAGCACUGAGAAGAAGAUCCUCACGUACCACCGCAUGGUCGAGGCCUUCCGAUUCGCCUAUGCCAAGCGAAGCAUGCUGGGUGAUCCACAAUUCCUCUCCAUCUCUGAUGUAAGUCUCAUCCCCGUCUUUCCCAGAGCUAAUAUUGAAUAGUUCUCUAAUAGGAUGUCUCUACUGGAUGUUUACUCUUUCAAGAAUUUACUCCAAUCAGUCACUUACUAAUCAUAUUCAAUCAAUGGUCCUAGUAUGUGUUGGAACAUCAUGUUCAUGUUCAUUGGAGACAGAGUAAAUAUGGAUAUGCUCAUAUAAGAGAGUUGAUUAGACUAUUGAUUGAAAUGGACUUCAGUCAGCCCAGAGACAGUAUUUGUAAAGCUGCUAUGUUGAAAUUUCAGUAAAUGCAAACCAGUCCAUCUUCAUCAUUCUACACUGUUCUGUAUGGUUGUUUCCAUGAAUGGGCAUUCAUUUGAAUGGCAGAGCCUCAUUCUCCUGUCCCCACUCCUCUUCAGUUCAUCCACAACAUGACCUCAGAUUACUUUGCCGAUGCACUCCGUCAGAAGAUUACAGACGAUACCACCCAUCACAUGAACUACUAUGAGCCGGAGUACUUUGUCCCCGAGAACCACGGGACAGCACAUCUGUCUGUGAUGGCAGAGGACGGGAGUGCAGUGGCAGCCACCAGCACCAUCAACCAUUUGUAAGAAUCAAGUCCCAGUUUUGAUUACAAAAAUUAACUGGAGGUAGUCCUCAUUAUUCACCUGUCGUCAUUAUCUUUCUAUUCUUUUUCCUGCCUAGUUUUGGCUCCAAAGUCAUGUCGCGUUCUACAGGAAUCCUCCUCAACAAUGAGAUGGAUGACUUCAGCUCCCCCCUCAUCACUAAUGGCUUUGGAGUGCCUCCUUCACCAAACAACUUCAUCAGACCAGGUAAAGGGUUCAUCUGACUAUAGACACCAAAGUUUUCAGUGCAUCAGCCGGCUCGGUUAACCAGAAAUUGGUACUUGAUGGUGGAUAUGGAUGGACCUAACUCCCUAAUUGUCUCCCUCCAGGUAAGAGGCCCUUGUCCUCUAUGUGUCCAGCCAUUCUCUUUGACAAGGGGAGCAAGGAAGUCAAGAUGGUGGUGGGGGGCUCAGGAGGAACAAAGAUCACCACUGCAAUUGCCACGGUGAGCCAGGUUACCAUGCCCUUUCAUUGCUGUGUGCAAAUACUCUUUAAUACUUUCUUUGCAUUUUACCAAGUAGUCGUCUGUGACUGAAUUGUUGUCGGUUCGUUCUGCAGGUGAUUCUCAAUGCACUGUUCUUUAACUACGACCUGAAGAAAGCGGUGGCAGAUCCCAGAAUCCACAACCAGCUGAGUCCCAACACCACACUGGGAGAGCCCGGGUUUGACGAGGUGGGAUAGAUGACUGACGAUAGUCAAUACACAUGCCCUACAGUGUAUCAAGAUCAUGGCUGGUUAUCAUGCUAGUGAAGCGGAAUGCCUAUUUGGACAGGAGUUUCACAGUGUUCUAUAUGCUUUCCUUACAGAGGGUGAUGGCUGGUCUGGCCUUGAAGAACCAUGAGACAGAGUUCCUGAAAGCCACAGGGGCUGUGGUUCAGGCGGUGGUGCGCCAGGGGGACCGGCUCCAUGCUGAAUCUGACCCCAGGAAAUGGGGCUAUGCCGCUGGGUACUGAGACCAACCACACUACCCUGCUACUAUGGCUGGGAAUUGCCAGGGAUCUCACAAUAACGAUAUAUCACGAUACUUAUGAUAUGUAUUACGAUUCUCACAAUUCUAUAUUUAUUGCAAUUCGAUACUGUGAUUUUAUUGCGAUUUGAUGUUCCAAACAUAUUGCUCACUAUGUCUGCUGCAGAGACAAAAGAGAGCAUGAGAAAAUUAGUUUGAAUCAGUCAUGAAAAUAAAAGUACUGAAAACAUGUUGGCUCACUAUU